AUGAUGAUGAAUAACCGACUCGUUCUCGGUAUUGCUGCGAUUAUCGGCUCGUGUUUCGUCACCGAGGUUGAUGGCGCAGAAGUACAAGUCCGCAUUGCUGCUGUGAUACCAAAUGAAUUGUACCAAGAAGCGACGCACUUCGACGAUAUUGCCCUGCUUGAGUUAGCAGAACCGCUGACGUGGUCCGAAGCGAUUCAGCCUGGAAAUUUUCCAACCGUCGACGAUGAGAACCCCACCGCAACAAAUUGCAAAACGGCGGGUUGGGGUGAAGUUGAAGCAGGCAGCGGGGUGUCAUCUCCAGUUCUCUUGGGUACUGACUUGACUCUCAUGGCUGACAGUGACUGCAGGGAUAUUUACUUGGGCACAGGACUCAUCGGCAGCUCCAUGAUUUGCGCAGCUUCCGAAACGAACAGCGUUCCUUGCGGCGUCGGCGACGACGGAGCACCGCUCAUGUGCGGAGAUGAUAACCAGAUCGUGGGAAUAUACUCGUGGUCCGAAGGAUGCGGCGAAGGAUUCCCUCCGGUUUUCACUCAGAUUUCACAAUUCUUGACGUGGAUCGACGAAAUCGCCAAUGCUUAAAUUUCUCGAGCAAUUGACAGUUCGAAAAAAAGAUUUGUCCCUCGCUCGGACUGGCUUCAUUUCUGGCAAAAGUUUUGCAAACUCAACAAACACGACUGGCUCCCAGAAAUACAAUCAACCGCCGAAGAUCCAUUCGCCAAAA